AUGUCAUGUCCGAAUAAUAUAGCGCCCGGUAACUUCCUGAUGGAUUCCUUAAUGGGAGGAUCAUCUUCUUUCAGGGGUGAGGGUUAUUCCAGCAGCCCCGGAAUGUACAUCCACUCAGCUGCAGAGUACGGAUAUUCAGUGAUGAGAAACACCGGGAAGCCGGGACCGUCUCCACUCUCCAAAAGAGACGAGGCUGCUCCGGGAGGGCUGCCGCUCGGCGGUUUCCAGGACGCGUCCUACCUGUCAACACAGCUGGCCACAUGGACCCCGGGCUCCAAGAGCAGCAGGGACGAGCAACCUGUUGCCCAGUGUUUACAGCCCUGCUCGUUUCCAGCGGGCAGCGUCAAAGAGGAGGCGUUUUGUUGCCUUUAUCAGGAUGACAGCAAUAAGGGGAAGCAGACAACAGAGUCCGCCACUUACAUCCGGCUGGGGGACAAUAGCUGCCGGCCUGAGCAAACUGCCGCCUCGUCCAGCGGCUGCUUCCAGGUGUACGGCGGGGAGAGGCCGCAGCAGGACGACCCGCGCUUCCCCUCCGGCUUCUCCCUCACCCACUUGGCGGCAUCUGUUGAAUCAGCAGCAGAAUCGACAAUAAGCUGCAGCACAGCGGCAGAGGAGGCAGCGAGAGAGGUGUCAAAGUCAGAGGAGAGUCUGAAGGCCAGGAGUGACAGCUAUGAUUUAUCUGCGGAAAAGACGACGGGAAGCUGGUUGAAAGCCAAAAGUGGAAGGAAGAAGCGUUGUCCCUACACAAAGCACCAGACGCUGGAGCUGGAGAAGGAGUUCUUGUUCAACAUGUAUCUGUCUCGGGAGCGCCGCCUGGAGAUCAGCCGGAGUAUCAACCUGACCGACAGACAGGUCAAGAUCUGGUUCCAAAACAGACGCAUGAAGCUCAAGAAGCUCAGCAGGGAGAGGGAGCACAGUGCCAUUUACAACUACUCCUGA